AGACAGAUAGAGAAGAAGAAAAAACUUCAAAUUCCGUACUUAUAAAUAAGCAGAGUUCUACUACUACUCUUCAUCACAACAUUAAAAGGUAUCAAGAACUUGCACCAAAAUUCUUAUCAACUUUCCAAGAUUAUACAUAACUAUGGCUAACAAUAUGAAUAACUUCCCAUUUCCACAUCUCCCUCCUCCACCACCCCCUCCUCCUCAUCCCAUCUCUCCACCACCAAAACCCCACCCUCCUCCUCCUCCGCCUCCUCGUCCUCAUCCUCCACCAUUUGUUCCACCACCACCACCAUCACCCCCUCAUAGUUAUAUCAUAAUAAUAUUCGUUUUCUCGACGUUCGGUUGCAUUUUACUUGGCCUAGCAAUACUUUCUUUCUGCUGCUACUUGAAGAAAAAGAAGAAGACAACAGUAGUUGAAGAAAAAGAAGUGAAGCACAUUGAUGAGCAUUUGAGAAUUAAGGAAGCUAUUGUUCAAGGACCCCAUGGGAAACCUGAGACUGUGGUACUCUCUGUAGAAGAAGAUUUCCAUGAAGAAGAUGAUAUUAUAAGGACUAAGAAAGAGUUAGAAGAAGCACAUAAGUUGCAUGCUAAUAAAACUUCAGAAAUUACACCUUCUGCUCUUGAAGCUGGACCUGUACACUACUCUUCAACUUCUUCUUCUGGUCAGGGUCACAGCCAAACAUGAGCAUUAAGUCAUGAAUUUCAUUUUAAAAUAAAUUGAAAGUAUGAGAGUAACUACUCAUACACAAAAUAACUACUCUUCUUUCUUUUAAUGUUUUAAUUGCCUUAUCAGAGGGUAAUGGUUAAUCAUUCUAUCACAACUACUGAGUAUAGGCAACACUUUAUUUGGCAUGCAAAUUAAAUUGUCUUAUUUUCUACUAA